AGAUGCUAUCGUUACUGAUUCCAGGAGAGUGUUUUUCUACGCCACCUUCACCUGUUAUUAUGGACGACAUAAAAAACAUUCAAUACGAACCAAUUCCAUCGGAUUCUCCCUUUGCCUGUCCUCGUCGAAUGAUUUACACGCAAAAUGGCAUCGAAAAAUAUUGGGAUUUUUUACAAGUGCACGACAUCGUAGUUGUCGUACUUUUCAACAUAACUCGCAAAAAACUCAUUUUAGUGAGACAAUUUCGACCAGCCGUUUACCAUGGAGUACUUAUGAAAGCCAAAAAUGAUUUGAAAACAAUCGAUUUUGAUAAAUUUCCGCCGCAAAUGGGAAUCACAACGGAACUUUGUGCGGGAAUAGUUGAUAAAAACCUGUCAAAGGCUGAAACCGCAAAAGCUGAAAUUUUAGAAGAAUGCGGAUAUGAAAUAGAACUUGAGCAGUUGGAGCAAAUUUUUGAAUACAAAUCAGAUGUGGCUUCCAGUAGUGGCAUGCAAACACUUUUUUACUGCGAAGUGACAGACGAUCAGAAAAUAGGCAAGGGCGGGGGAGUGGAAGAUGAAAUAAUAGAAAUUGUUGAAAUGACGAUCGAUGAAAUGCGAGAAAAAAUGAGUAACGGCACCAGUCAUGUCUCGCCUCCGAAUUCGAUGAUGGGGAUUUUGUGGUUUUUGGCAAACAAAGCACCAAAAUUUGAAGAUAAAUAAUUUUUUAAAAGUUUUAUCUACAGAUAAAAAUGUCACAAGAUUUAUUUAGAGUGAUUAAUUAUUUUAUUUGCCUUUCUAGAAUAAUUUUUUUGAAAAAAGGCCAUUCCAACUUCAUAUAACGGUUCAACGGAAAAUGACAUUUGAACGAACAGCUGAUCAAAUAAACAAAAACAGACAAAAAAUUGCUAAAAAAAUAUUUGAUUUAAAAUUUUAGCUUUAAUUUCUAUUGAGAAACGUAGUUCCAGUGAAACGUUUGUGUCUUUGUAGGAAAACAGAAACGAGCUUCCUUUCUGCUCCCACAAAGCCAAAAAGAUGGAAGAUGUGAAGAAUAUUCGUUAUGGUCCUUUGCCAGCGGACUCUCCUUACGUUAAACCCUUCCGUUUGUACUACACGCAAAACGGCGUCGAGAAAAAUUGGGAUUGUCUCAAAGUGCACGAUAGCGUUGCGAUAAUAAUUUUCAAUGUAACGCGCAAAAAAUUGGUUCUCGUAAAGCAAUUUCGACCUGCCGUUUAUUACGGAAUUGUUUCAGCGGACGACCCAAAUAAUAUUGACUACAAAAAGUAUCCUCCAAGCAUUGGGGUGACAGUUGAGCUGUGCGCCGGCAUCAUUGACAAACCGGAAAAAAGCGUCAAAGAAAUUGCGCAGGAGGAAAUUUUGGAGGAAUGUGGUUACAACGUGCCUUUGGACAAAAUUGAGGAAGUUUUGGUUUAUCGAUCGGGCGUUGGAGUGUCAAGUGCUGUGCAGACGCUGUACUUUUGCGAAGUGACAGAUGACCAAAAAGCGAAUCAGGGAGGCGGCGUCGAUGAUGAACUCAUCGAAAUUGCGGAAUACUCGAUUGAGGAAAUUGAGGAACGAAUGAAGCCGGGAAAUGUUCACACAAGUCCGCCGUCAUUUUUAUUCGGAAUUAUGUGGUUUUUGACCAAAAAGGCGCCGCUCUAUCGUUAGUUUUGUUGUUAACCAGGGUUUAGAAAACUUUUUAAUUAAUUUUAAAAUUUAAUUUUACUUUUAGUAAAAUUUUUGAA